AUGAGGGAGAAGACGCGCCGUCUGGCCCGCAAGCUGAAGGACCGAGAGUCUCCCCGAAACCAGAAGCCCAGCCUGUCAGUGCAGGGCUCAGCUCCUGCCAGGAUCGAUGAAAAGACGUUGGGCACUUUAGUUGUUGGUCGUGGCCAGCUUCCGAAGGCCAUGCGAUCGCUACUGCUUCGUGAUAUAACCCGUGAGGAAACGCCGAAGGCUCCUACGGGAGUUGUCGACAUGCCUCCACUACUGGACAUUUUUUCGAGGACACCGGCUGCCUCGUUGAAGGACAGUUUGGUCCGCCCCUCCCUGGUGGCCGAGAUUGGUUCCUAUCAUGCCCCUCCGUGGGCCACUCUGCUCGAGAUGGAUACUCGUCCAAGGAAGAUCGGUUUGACGUGGGCCUGGCAUAAGGCUGAUGCCUGGCGAGCAAUGGAGAGGCAGUUGACUAUGAAUGAGAGGUUGCAGCGCAGACUCUGGAACAACUUGGUCCCCCCGCCCCUACCAGCACAGCUGGAGGAAGCCUCUCGGUCGGUGCGGCCAGUCGCCUCCGGCUCCCGUUUCGAGAAAACGCUGCGAAGAUGGCUGGUGGAUGGGCCUGUGUUUAACAACAUCCUCACCAGAUACAACUACUACGCGGGAAGUUGUUCGAGGAGCUCAGGAAUUGCCCUGGACAACCUCUGUCCCAUCGAGGGCGAGGUCCUCACGCGAUUGAAGGCCGAGAUGGACUGCAAGAUGCAUUUAUGGCCGGAUGUCGAUUACAACACUCGUAUGCACCAGAUAGAGGAGGAGGUCAUCAACACCUACAUCACAGCUCUGAGGAAGGGCAUUGUGGACUACAACCUGCGUUACAUCUUCCAGAGGAGGCGCCUUAACAUACCUUUCACACCAUCGCCGAUGGCACCUCCAUUUGGGGUCAAUGCCUUCUUGGUGGGCGACAUCAAGACCUUUGGAGGGCCUCCGACGGAUAGUUGGCGACAGCUUGUUGCGCAGUCUCGAGCCUCCUUGAACGACGGCAAGUUCGCCGCCCCAACGUUCCUUUGCACUCGGCUGACUCAGCAGUGGUCGGAAGGGCACUACGGCGAAAUGAGCCUGUUCGGUCUUGGAGAGCAGAGGGACCUGGUGGACAUUGAAAGAGCCCAGUUCAUACAACUGCAGUAG